GAAGCCAUCAGCACCAGCAUCAGUCAGGCAAGCAGAGAGGUGAUCGUCGGCGGUGGAUUCUGGGCGGAGAAUGGCGGUGUAACCCUCGCCUUUACGGCGAUUGCUGGCGUCGCCUUGGCCGCCGCCGUGUUCUACACCACUAGGUAAAAAGCUAAAGAAAAAAGGAGAAUAACGAGUACGAAUUAUCUCUGAGGAAUUUCUGAAACCUUAGGGAAAGUAAUUUAUUUACGUAAAUUAGGGGAGAGAGAGAGAGAGAGAGAGAGAGAGAGAGAGAGAGAGAGAGAGAGAGAGAAGAGAGAGGUUUUACAUAGAUGAGAGCUCUAAGAAGGAGUCAAACUACGUCUUCGUCAAACUCUUCGCCACCGUCAUCCUCCUCAAAUACGCCGUCUUCACCAUUAUCUUCAUCGUGGAUUCAUUUGAGAUCGGUUCUAUUCAUAGUAGUCUCCAACAACUUCUCACCAGCAUCUUGUUCUUCUUCUUCUUCCAAUCGAAGUCGUCUCAAGUCUCCAUGGUCUCGAAGAAAACGGAAACACAUACUAUCAGCUCAAGAGUGGAGAACAUCGUUCACACCCGAUGGGAAACUUCGUGAUGUAGUUAAAAUUCUAAAGAAAGUCCGCAGUGGAGGUGUUGAUCAGAGUAUCCGGCCGGAAGUUUGGCCAUUUCUUCUUGGAGUUUAUGACCUAACUAGUUCCCAAGAAGAAAGAGAUGCCAUCAGAACUGAGAAAAGUUGUUCUGUUAUUGUAUGCAGAAAGGAAUAUGAGAACUUACGGAAACAAUGCCGUCGACUUCUUAAACAAAAUAAUCUACUCCUGAAGAGAAGUGAAAGUGGUGAAAGUAGCAAUGGGGAUGGUGGAAGUCCCAUGAAAGGCAUAGAUUCUUCUGACUCUCCAGAUGUUGUGAGUGCUAGGGAAUCCCUUUCUAGUGCAGAAAGCUUACCAUAUGAUGAGGACUCAGACCAGCCUACUGCCAUAAUAAUGGAUGGCUUUGCUGGUUCUAAACGAUUCACAGAUUCAAAUAUUGCUUCUGACUCGGAGUCAUCAGACUCAAACUCCUCAGAUGAUCCUGAGUCGAGUCAAACUUUAAACUUCACAGAAAGCAUGGAGGAAAAUGAUCGUGAUUUGCCUUCUAAUGAGGAUUCCUCUUCAUCGAAAAUGGAAGUCCAGUCCAAACCAGCCAGUGCAGAAAAUUUUGCCACCUGGCAGAGAAUUAUCCGCCUUGAUGCAAUUCGUGCAAAUGGAGAAUGGAAAGCGUACUCCCCUGUCCAGGCUGCAGUGUCUGAAGCCAAAGCUCGCGGCUCUGCUGAGGUUGUCGGAUUGAAGGAUUAUGAUCAUCUCGAGCCUUGGAGGAUCUUCCACGCUUCCCGUUUAGUUGCCAUUCUUGAAGCCUAUGCUCUUUACGACCCUGAAAUUGGCUAUUGCCAAGGAAUGAGCGAUCUACUUUCACCCAUAAUUACGGUGAUGACUGAGGAUAAUGAAGCUUUCUGGUGUUUUGUUGGUUUCAUGAAGAAGGCUCGUCAUAAUUUCAGGCUCGAUGAAGUGGGUAUUAGAAGGCAGCUGAACAUUGUUUCCAAAAUCAUCAAGUAUAAAGAUGGACAUCUUUACAGGCACUUGGAAGAACUCCAGGCUGAGGAUUGCUUUUUCGUAUACAGAAUGGUGGUAGUACUCUUUAGACGGGAACUAACUUUCGAGCAAACUCUGUGCCUUUGGGAGGUCAUGUGGGCUGACCAGGCUGCAGUUAGAGCGGGAAUCCGGAAGUCAGCAUGGAGCAGGAUAAGGCUGCGAGCCCCUCCCACAGAUGAUCUAUUACUCUACGCAAUUGCUGCUUCUGUUUUGCAAAGGAGGAAACUGAUCAUAGAAAAAUAUAGUAGCAUGGAUGAGAUUUUGAGAGAGUGCAAUGCAAUGGCUGGGCAUCUCGACGUCUGGAAACUGCUCGAUGAUGCUCACAACUUGGUGGUUACUCUCCAUGACAAAAUCGAGACUCCUUUCUGAUGUGUAUGGUAAUAAUUGGAAUUUUCAGUAUGCUAAUUUAUUCAUUUGAAUUAUUGCUGGUUAUUGUUUCAAAUAUCAUAUCCUUACUCUCCGAGAAAUCAUGCCUGUGGAUACGCAAGCCUAUAUAUAUUCACUUGUAGUAGCAUUCGCGCCUGCAGAUUGGCUUGGGCUGGUCUUAAAGCCUUAGUUCACCAUUCUUUUUUAGAUUGGUCUUAAAUUUAAGUGGCAAGUUGACUUCCAUGAUUCAGAGAUUAGGUGUGGAAUUUUCUAUUAACGGCGCGUGUCGGGUGAUUUGUUAAUAAACGGCCUGAUAUUGCUAUGAGAAGUAGUGCUUAGAUUUUUCCUA